UCUACGGUGCGAGGGUGAACGUGACCGCCCUGCCGUAUGCCCCGUACUGGAUGACCUCUGGUGAAGGCAACAACACCAAGCACUCCGGCAUUGACUACAACCAACUCAUGACUUUAUCAGAAAUUCUCAACUUUACUAUCCACGUCCUACCAUCUGCCAACUGGGAUGAGGUGACCAAUCAAGUGGAGGCUAGAACUUCAUUCAUAGCGAGUAUUGUCUACGUGGUUCUUCCAAGUCGCUUGGACAAGUUUGAUUACACAUACAUAUUCGAUUUCUCGCCAUUUUGUUUCGGUAUGGCCAAGCCCACACUGAAACCUCAGUGGCAGAGUUUGUAUUACCCGCUGUCCAGCAGUGUGUGGGCCGCCAUCCUGGCCACUGCCGUUCUCACCUGUAUGGUCCUGGUCACAAUCACUCGAAUGAAUGUGUACAGGGGCGAGUACAGCAAGAUAGAAGCCUUAGCUGUGGUGCAGGAGGUGGUGGGGACACUGUUGGGCCAGGGCUUCACUGGGCAACUCUCCACCAGUCGAUCCAACCCUGUGUUAGUAGCAGCCUGGUUGGUGUUCGCCUUCAUCGUGGGUACAGCUUACCGCGGCAACCUCACAGCCGCCCUCACACUGCCGAAGUAUCCAACCCGACCUGAGAAUGUGGAACAACUUGUAAAAGCUGUAGAUAAAAUCACAAUGGAGUCGUGGGGAACCUCUUACAAAGGAUUCUUCAUCCAGUCACAGUCAAGAGUUUUCAAUGCUUUGGGAAAACUGAUGUUUCUGGGAACUGGUAUCAUUGAUGGACUCCAGGAAGCUAUGGUGAAGAGACAAGCUCACGUUGGUGGUCAACAAUACGUUGAACUGACGAUUGCACAACAAUUCACUCGGAUAGAUGGAUCGUCUCCAAUAUAUGUUGGACGGGAGAUAAUUGUCUCCUCAACCGCGUCCUGGCCAAUUCCACACGAUGCCCCAUACAAGCCUACACUAGAUCGCUACUUAAUGACAAUCACAGAGGCUGGCUUGUAUGAGCAUUGGAGGAAAGAACAAUUGCGUGACGCUGAGCGGAAGAGUCGUAUAAGAAAGAGAGAGGAACUGAAGCAGAACCAACAAGGGAAAGACUCAGUCAUGGAAAAAGAAUCUAACGAAAGUAACAUCGAGGCCCUCACCAUUGUACACAUGCAGGGGCCGCUCCUGCUCCUACUGCUGGGACUUGCUGCAGCUGGUAUAACUUUUAUGGUAGAAAAGCUGAUAUUGAAAUUCUUUGCGACAUACAAUGAAAAUUAAGUUCAUCCUCUCGAUUAACUAAAUUCAGUGGACCUACGCAUCCCCGCAUUUGGUCUUAAAGAUAAUUCCACAAGAGUUUAUAGCGCAGAUGGUCUUAUGAGAUGCACCGUAGAAUAUGUAUGCACUUUGAAAAUCAACUUGGAAACAUAUUAAUAUGACUGUGCGCUACCAGUAUCAUUGAACACUAAAAUCGUCGUAGACUGAGACCACAUGGAGCAUCUUCACUUCUUGUCUGAAAAUUAUUUUGGUCCUAAGGUUUACAUUUUUUAAGAUACACAUUUCCUGAGAAAUCAGAAUUCAUGGUCAUUUAACAUAGUCGAAGCCAAAGAGUAACAAGUAUAUUGAACUUUGAUAUUCGCUUCGAAUAUGAGUAAAUUUUCAGUUUCCAAAAUCUGUGUAAAAAUACUUAGGGUGCUUCGGUCUUUCUGCAUUAGUUUCAUCCAAGAUAGGGAAAAUGCACCUUGGAUGGCGGCACUGGUAGGUUUGGUGGAUUCGGUAUCAGAGAAUAUCAGUUCGGCUUCCGCCAGUACCGAGGCACAUCCACCGCCAUAGCCCAGGCCUACGAGAAGAUCGCCAAUGCCAUGACUG